GUCUCUCCGCGCUUGGAUUCACAUGUCGAGUAACGCGGAAGCGCUUGUGCUGCUCAAUGAGCACGCGCAGGGUAUGCUGACGAGGGUGUACAACCUCAAGACGACGUUCAACUCGGACCGUGCGCCCGAGGCCAUGCGCGAGCCGGCGCUGAAGAAGAUGCACGCGGCGAUCGAGAAGCACUUUCCGUCUGUCCCGCCCAACUUUGAGAGCAUGCCCGGGUACGACCUUGUCGACCGCAACGCGCAGCAGUACGAGGCCGAGCUCCAGGAGUACUACUUUGUGUUCCAGGAGUGCCUCGAGUUCAAGGAGGUGGCGUACAAGGUGCUUGCGGACAUGUCGACGUCGACGCGGACGUUGGACAUGAGCAUCAACCCGCGCCAAAUGACCGAGUACCUCGAUCUGAUGGUGGCGUACGCGCAGCUGCAGAUGCUUGUGGCGUCGGUUGCGGAGCGCCGGAUUGUGGUCGGCUUUUACGCCCGUGCGUACUUUCGGAUGAAACUCAAGGAGGAGGAGCACUACUCGGGCAUUUGCACGUACCUGCAGGAGUACUCUGAGCCGCGCGAGCGGCUCAUCGAGGAGUUUGCGUCGAUCUCGUCGCUGGUCGGCUCGGCGCUGACCACGCUGCAGAUGCCGUACAUGAAGCUGCUCUCGACAGCGCAGCUCCGCGACGACGGCGACAUCUCGAUUGUGUCACACGCCGGGGCGGCUGCGGUGGUGCCGGCCAACGGGCCCAUCUACACUGCGGCGCGCAACAUGGAAAAGUACACCAUGUGGAUCCUGUUUGGCACCCUCCUUUGUCCGAACGAGCUGGCGUCGGCCAACCUGUUUGGCCUCCUCAAGACGGCUCUUUCGUACGUCUCGAUGCUCCCUGUCCACCGCGACGUGCUUGUUGUCAUCCACAACGAGUUCCAGCAGGUCUUUGCCUCGUUCAACGGCUCGGCCAUCAACCUGACCAAGCAGAAGAAGUUUGUGGUCGAGACGUCGACGACGUUUACCCAGACCGCCGGAGCGACGCACCGCGAGCGGCGGCAGUGGCUGCGGCAGGCGCUGGCCUCGCUGUACUCGAUGUGUGCGGGCGAGCCGGGCCUUCUCGGCCCAAAGCUCCCGAUGGUGCUGGCGGCGUGCGCUCUGGCCACCGACGAGAUCAAGUUCUACGUCCACCACCACGGCCGCGAGGAGCUUCCUCCGAACAAGUCCAAGGCCAAGCACAACGCGGCCGAGUUUGAGGACCCGACGGUGCCGACAAUUGUGUACUACGUCGAUGCGUUUGUUGACCUGCUCGAAAAGUACGAGGACGAUAUCCUGGCGUACCAUGUCAAGUACCUGCAAACGACCGACGUCAACGGUCUGCAGCAUGCACUCAACGCGUUCUCGGCCGAGUGCGGGCUCGACCAGGAGCCGCUCGACGUGUUUGAAGACAUCAUUUCCGCGUGCGAGAACGCGUCGGCCGGUAACCGCGCGCUGAUGGAGACCAUCUCGCUCAACUGGAUGCGGCUGCAGGUCAUCUAUUGCUCGCAGCAGGCGCCGUUCCAGCCGACCAACGUCGCGUUCAAGAACCUUGCCGCGAGGCUCAACCUCAUUUCGCAGCACGCCGAGGUGGUGGGCAACUUCAAGUCGACGGUCCUCAAGCACGCCUCGCUCGACAUGCUCUUCUGGCACCGCCCAACCUUCCUCGCCAUGUUCCAAGGCGCGGUCGGCUCGCCGACGCCGCUGGCCAUGCACUCGAUGGCCAUGGCCAAGGUCUGCGACACCUUUGCCUACCGGACCUCGCGCUUCCUGCCUGAGGAGCGGGUCCACAUCGGCUCGCAGGGCAUCGAGCUCGCCACCCAGGUCUUCUCGGCCAUGGCCAAGCAAAUCACCAACAUGUGCCAGCGGGUCGGCGAGUCGAUCCUCUCGCUCAAGUCGCAGCUCGCGCCAGUCGAGGCCUUUAAGCUCUUCCAGGCCCAGCGCGACGCUGCGGCGGCCGGGACGGCGGUCAACCCGAGCGCCGGCGGUGCGCUUCCGGGCACCGAGUCGAUUCCGGCCAACCGCAAUGCGGUUGCGCGCAUGUCCGAGGCGCUUGUCAUCCUCCGCUACCUCUGCAUGGCCUUUGGCGAGCACGAGGCCGUCCGCGUUUUUGACUCGGUCAUUGUUCCUCGUGAAAUCCUUGUCCGUGCCAUCAAGGACGUCUUCUCAGCGCUUGUCCUCAAGCUCUGCCGCUCCGAAUCGGGCAUGAUUGCCCGCCCCUCGCAGCUCCUCUCGCGGCUCCAAGCGUACCUGCACGGCUUCUCCCUUGUCGAGCGGUACAUCGACGUGAACGUGCAGGAGCUCAUCCGCACGGUCAUGGUCCACCACUCGUUCUCGACGACACUCGAGCAGCAAAAGUCCGGAGUCGAGGCCGAGCCGCAGGCCAUGGUCAUGGUCGACUUUGUCGCCAAGUGGUACACCGAGUUUGUCCUCCGCAAGGUUGUCGACGGCGUCUGCUUCUCGCCGCUCAACGGGUCGUUCAUUACCCCACCGGUUGCCGGGCGGACCGGCCCGUUUGCGCAGCACUUUCUCUCCGAGCCCGAGAUCCGCGCCCUCGUCACCCUCCUCGGCCCGUACGGUGUCGACGUCAUGGACCACCAUCUUGUCAACGGCAUCGGCCGGCACAUUGUGCUGAUGAAGAAGAUCCUCGCCGCCAACCGCUCGUACACAGAGGAGCUCGUCACCAACUACCACGCCGAAGACCCCGCCGCCGAGACCAUCGCCAAGUUCCAGUCGCUGCCGCAGCUGACCUCGUCGGUCGUCGCCAUCGGCAACAUCACCUUCCUCCGCAACAUGCUGCGCAAGGCGCUGCGCGAGGCCGUCCGCGACGCCACCCCGUUCAUCGCCUCGGUCGUCGAGUCGACCGUCCGCCAGUACGCCAUCAACUACGAGCGCGAGCCCAAGCUGCUAGGCAUGGACCAGCUCGCCAAGUACUGCGGCUCAGACCGCGACCCGGACCACCUGCUCCUCGGCGUGUGCGCACAGGUGACCAAGGUCCAGGAGGACGUCCAACUCUGGGCCCGCCUCCCCUUUGUCCUCGCCGCCUGCUUCUCCUGCACCGCGGUGUGGGGCCAGCCUUCGGCCCGCUACGACCCCGACCUCGAGGCCGCCCCGCUCGGUGGCCACGCCUUUGCCCAGGCCGCCGCCCUCCUCAUCUCUGCAUUCACCAUUACCCUCGAGGCCAUGCGCGACCUCCGCCCGGGCUCUAUCACCCGCGGCGCCGUCGUCUCGUCGCGCCUCUUUGUCGAGGUCUCCUCCGUCAUCAUCCUCCGCCUCUUCAAGGUCGAGGGCAAGGCCGCGAACCCGCAGAUCCCCUCGCUCCUCGUCGCCCUCGACAAGUUUGUCCAGGCCUCGGAGUUUAUCUCGCAAGAGACCGCAGACGUCUUUGUCCCGUAUGCCGCCACCCGCUCAGCCUACCGCACUCUCUACCAGCCGCCCGAGGAGCCGCCCAAGCGCAUCAACUUUGAGAUCACUGGCGAUGUUCCUGUUGAUCUUGAUGCCAUCUGAUCCCCUCAUACCCUACCCUCUCAAUGUACAAAA